AUGCUCCCGUCGUGUCCUGUCGUCCUUGUUACCAGUACCACAGGAUUUCAGGGGGGUGGUGUGGUGAGAGAAUUCCUUAUCAAGGCCAAAUCCACUGUUCCACCCACUCUCGUCCACAUCCAUGCCUAUGUUCGUGAUCCCGCAUCGGCAGCUGCACAAGCUCUGGUCUCAUUAGACCCAAAUGCGAUAAAGCUUUUCCAGGGGGACUUCGACGACGUUGCCGCUCUCGCACGAGCAGCUCAGGGUACAACGGCAACAUUCAUCAACGUGAAACCUAUUUUCACCGACACCGGUGGUGAAUCACGCCACGCACAUAACAUACUAAACGCGGCUCUCGAUACCAGUAUUAAGUAUAUUAUCUAUUUAGCCGUCAAUCAUACCGACUAA